AUGCCGCGCCAGCAACGGGACGAUUCGCCCGACGAGGAGACUGCUCUCUUGUCGGGCUCCAAGACGACUCGCAAGGAGGCUCGCCCUAUAACCCCACUUCCUAAGCUGCAGAUCGGAAUCCUCUUGCUGCUACAGCUAGCGGAACCUAUUAGUUCACAGUGCAUAUAUCCAUUCAUUAAUCAGCUUGUCAGUGAAUUAGACAUUACCGGUGGAGAUGAGAGAAAAGUAGGAUAUUACGCCGGGCUGAUUGAGUCCGUCUUCUUCUUGACCGAGGCCAUGUUUGUCAUGCAAUGGUCUCGUAUAUCGGACUAUGUUGGACGGAAGCCCGUCUUACUGAUUGGAAUGGCGGGUCUUUGUAUCUCGAUGAUAUUCUUCGGUCUCUCCAAGACAUUCUUGCAACUGAUUAUCAGUCGCUGUAUUGUUGGGGCGUUGAAUGGAAACAUUGGCGUCGUUAAGAGCAUGGUUGCAGAGUUGACUGAUUCCACAAACAUGGCGCAAGGUUUUGCCUUGAUGCCAGUCGUUUGGUCUGCGGGAGCGACUAUCGGACCAUUCAUUGGAGGCCAAUUGGCCAAACCACAUGACAGAUGGCCGCACCUUUUCACCAAUCGCUUCUGGAAAGAGUAUCCAUACUUCCUCCCGUGCUCCGUGUCUGCUGCCUUCUCCGCACUCACCAUCGUGAUCAUCUCGCUCUUUUUAAAAGAGACCGUUCAGAAACAGCCCAAGAAGCAGAAGCAAAAAUCUGUCCGCCUCUUGGUCGAAGAUAGUGUAGACCUACGAGAGGAAGCGCUGCAGACCCCCGCGCCUCUGCGUGCACUGCUCAUAUGGCCAGUAUUGCUCUCGGUCGCAAAUUACGGUUCACUCGCGCUCCUCGACAUGAUUUACCGCGCGAUCCAGCCGCUUUUCUUCUCAACACCAAUCGAGUUCGGCGGGCUGGGCAUGACACCUGCACGGAUUGGGACUGUGCUCGGUGCGUUCGGGCUCCUGAAUGGCGGGAUCCAGGCAUUAUUUUUCGCGCGUUCGGUGCGUCGCUGGGGCCCGAAGCGCGUCUUCAUGGUUGGCAUGUCGUCAUUCGUCGUGCUCUUCGCUCUGUUCCCUGUCAUGAACGCCAUCGCGCGGGCGUCGGCGGGCGUGACCUCGCUCGUGUGGGCGCUCGUCUUUCUUCAACUCCUGACGUCAGUGGUGAUGGACAUGUGCUACGGGUGCGUCCUGAUAUACGUCGCGUCCUCUGCCCCGAACAGACGAUCGCUGGGCGCGACGAACGGGAUCGGGCAGCUUGUUGCGUCGCUCGUGCGUGCGAUCGCGCCUGCAUCUGCGACGUCGCUCUUUGCGCUGUCCGUGGAGCACAACUGGCUCGGCGGGUACGCGGUGUACCCCGUCCUAAUCUGCCUCUCAUGCCUACUCUUCACGGUAUCGACGUAUCUCCCUUCCCACGCGUGGAACGACGAGGACCACCGCUGA